AUGUCUAACUAUCCUGUUUAUCACCCGCUACUGCCUAAUCAAUCAGAAUGGGAUCCUGCUAGUGAAGUGGAACGUAUUAUGUGUGGAACUAGCCAACAAGAGUGCCCUGUGAUUACGAGUGGGUUACACACUCUACCUCGUCAUUACCAAUUACGUGAAACAAAUCCAAUUACAUUUAGAUAUCAAGCUAUGAAUGGCGGUGAGUGUAGUACAAUAAACAGAUAUGAUAAAAACAUUCAACAUAUCAACAAAAUGUAUCCAUGGGGAUCUCCAACAACAAGUAUCAGACAAUUUACAACAACAUUUCAUCCGUCUUAUCAAACUUCUGUAGGUUAUGAUCCAUCUGUACUAUUUUCAUCGUCACCUUCCUCGUCAGUUUGCUCUGAUGAACAACUGUAUUAUCGACAACAACGAUUAGUAAAGCCUGUAAAUCAAGCAAGGUACGUAUUGAGUACCAACAAAACAUUCUCUACUUCUAUCGCUACUAAUAGUACUACUACUACUACUGUUGCUUAUCCACAUAAUAGGAAUACAGUGAAUAAUAAUAUUAUGUAUGAUACAUUGCAACUAACUGGACGUGUUAAUCAACUCCCUGUUCAACAAACACCAAUAAAUAAUCUAAAUACUACAACACGCUUACAAUAUCCAUCAGCUUUAGUACGAACAAUUGUUAGAAUGGAAUCGUCGGGUUCUCAACAACCACAACCACAACAACAAUCAGCUGAUGUACCACCGGCUUUACCAUUAAGAGCUCAACGUUCUACAAAUCAAAAGGUAACAGUACCUACUAAACCACGUCAAUUAAUUCCUAUCCCAUUUGAAGAUCGUGUACAUUUGGAUCCAAAUAUGGUAUUGUAUAAACCUAAUGCUGGAAUUAAUAGUCAUAAUAAUCUUGAUGACAACCUAUCACAAUCAAUAUCAGUUCAAUUAAAUCAUAAAAGAAAUACAUUUGAUUUAGAAAGUCAUUUAGACUGUUCAUGUGAUUAUGUACGAGGUGAAGCUGGCCUGUGGCCAGCUGAUGUAUGGUUUGAACGUAAUUUUCAUACGGUUGAUAAAUGUACGUGUCCACAUGAAGAAGUACAUCGAUUUUUUGAUAAUGCACCUUCAAAAUGGAAAUUAGCCGAUACUAUUGCCAUGCUACCAAUAAGAGAAACUGAUAUUUUGGACGAUUUAAUUGAUAGUACAAGCGAUGAAGAUGAGUCAUUGCAUCGUUCAUUACCAUCAGUUAUAAUGGAGUCACCAACAGACACAACUUAUAAAACACAAAUUGUAACAACAAAUUAUAAUGAUUUAGAUGUGACGUCCACACCACCAUUCAGCAUUCCGAUGUCGACUAAUUAUGUACAGUCGGAUAUGCAAAAAGAUAAUUCAACCUAUCGUACUAGUGUCACAUGUCAUCAUCUUGUUACAAAUAACAGUAGUAGUAAUAUUUCUUGUGAUGAAGAUGACUUGGUCCCUCUGGGUGAACUAUUGUCGUCAAAUACAAACUUACUAAGAACAAUUUCAAAUUUGGACAGACCAGAAUUUUCUAUUGAUGAGACCACAGUAAGAUUGACACCUGCAUCAUCAAGAAAACAAAGCUUAAUCUGUCUUAAGGAGAAUCAAGACGAGAGAAAUACAAAUAUCUCUAGGAAAAACAGUUCUCAAUUUAUGGAGCAAAGAGAAUAUAUUCCUGGUGUAACGAAAGGGAUUGUUUCAACUGUUGCAAUACCGAGUGUACCUAGUGAUACACGUUGUUUAGAUGUUGUUACCACUAAUGCUAUUCGACGUAAAUCACCACCUGGAGAAACAUCUUCACAGUUGAGGAUGACACAGAUCACUGGACGUAAAGACAGUAUCUAUAAAAAUCGUGCGAAAUCAAUAUAUCAUGAGUCUGGAGAUAACCAUUUGAUAGGAAAAAGUUAUAUUAACACAGAAGGCACACAUACAGGGAACGUGUUAAUACCAAAUAAUUUAACCGAUGCUGGUCGAAAUGAUAUGGGAAAAAGCAUCCAAGAUAUGAUUGGUGAGGAUAAAGCGGGACAACAAAAAGAGGAACGAAAACAGUCUCUGUCUCCAUCCGUUCACCGAUUUCUGGAACCGGAUGGUUGUGUCUAUACAGAAGAUAAAGAGAAUGCACUUCAGACAUUUCAGAUCGAUAAUGUUGCAGAAGCCCUAGAUCGAUUACACCAGGAUAUGAGAAGUGCUAUAGAAGGUAAGUUAGUGGAUAAUUCAUCCUCAUCUACAGUGAACAAAGAAGGAUCAUUAACAAUUAGCCCUAAAACUGAUUCAUGCUCAAAGCUGUUAGAUAGGCAAAACAAGCAUCUAUACACUAAAUAUGACUGGACAGAUGAGGAUAAGGAAUUCAGCCAAAAUAAAGAAAAUCAUUUAAUUUCUGACAGUGAAUUAAUGAGAGAAGACAACCAUACAGAACAUAAUCAAGAAAUUGAUGUGGAUCAUUACUUUCUCCAGCCUAGAAGAUCCACUUUAAAACUGGAUGACAAUGAUUUAUCAGCGAUAAGCUAUACAGCUUCUCAUAAAUCCACCGGCAAUAGUUAUGUUGGUCAUGUUCCUUCUGAUAAUCGGAAGUAUAAUGACAAAUCUCAAAAUGUUAGUGAUAAUGAUGAAGAGAACGAUGUGGGGGUACAUUAUUAUGAAGAUGAUCGUAAUUCAAUGGUGGAGGAAAAUGAAGAACUAGAUCAAAGUAUGGAAUAUAAAUUCAACGAUGAAUUGACCGAUCCUAGUUUAUCGCAAAAGUCUGGACAGACUAUUAGAUUGAAUAAAUAUGGAAGAGCUAAGGAACGAUGGAGUCUUCUUCGUACACAUGUUGGGAAGGUUGGCAGGCAGAAAGUAGAAGACAGUGAUUCGAUUUCCGCAUUUGGGUUUUAUCGAUCUAUCGAAAGUCAACCUGAACAACAACCAUGGGGUAAGAAAGCGAUUCCAAUGGUUGGUGAUUUGGUAUUACGAACUAUGGCACAGAAACGUACAUUAACAUCUUUGUCGUCUAAUCUAACCAGUUGGACACUGACAGAUCAAGAAUUGAAAAUGCAUGUUUAUCGUAAAACAUUACAAGCCUUGGCUUAUCCCAUAUCAAGUAAUACACCUCAUAAUUUUCAAUUGUUUAGUGCUACCAGUCCUACUUAUUGUUAUGAAUGUGAAGGCUUAUUAUGGGGUGUAGCCAGGCAAGGAUUACGAUGUACUGAAUGUGGUGUUAAAUGUCAUGAUAAAUGUAAACGUUUAUUAAAUGCAGAUUGUUUACAAAGAGCUGCAGAAAAAUCUUUACGUCAUGGUGCUGUAGAUAAAGCUCAAGCUGCUAUGGAAGCAAUACGUGCAUUGAUUCAACGACGUAUUACUGAACGAUCAGAUAUUUUCGAAUUUUUAGCUAAUGUUUUUCAAAUUGAUGUACAUUCAAUGACACAUUUAAAUGCUUUAGAGUUUGCACAAAAAAGUAUUGUAGCCGGUGCAAGUCAAUGGUCAGCUAAAAUUGCAAUCACUGUGAAAUCUGCUCAGGGUUUAAUUGGUAAAGAUAAAACUGGACGAAGUGAUCCAUAUGUGACAGUACAAGUUGGUAAAGUACGUAAACGUACUAAAACAGUUCUACAAGAAUUGAAUCCAACAUGGGAUGAAAAAUUUCUAUUUGAAUGUGAUAAUGCCUUGGAACGAAUUAAACUUCGUGUUUGGGAUGAAGAUAAUGAUUUAAAGUCGAAAAUUCGACAAAAAUUCACUAGAGAAUCGGAUGAUUUUCUUGGUCAGACAAUUAUUGAAGUAAGAACAUUAAGCGGUGAAAUGGAUGUAUGGUAUAAUCUUGAGAAACGGACAGAUAAAUCAGCAGUAUCUGGAGCUAUUCGUUUAUUGAUUUCUGUUGAAAUAAAAGGUGAAGAACAAAUGGCUUCAUUUCAUGUACAGUAUACAGCAUUACACGGUAGUAUAUUUUGUUAUUUAUGUCAAAAAAAUGAACCAGUUUUUUUACCGGAUCAAACAUAUAUCACUCAGGCACAAAAUAAUGGUAAUGAAGCAUGGCGAGUGUAUUUCAAUCCAACAGGACAGGAAAUCGUUGAUGAAUUUGCUAUACGUUAUGGUAUUGAACCAAUAUUUCAAGCAAUGACGCAUUUUGCAUGCUUAACUGCGAAAUAUAAUUGCCCUGGUGUACCAGCUCAGUUAUCUGUACUUUUGGCUAAUAUAAAUGCAUUUUAUGCCCAUACAACAUCAUCAAAUAGUCAGACAGCUAGUGAACGAUUUAGUGCAAGUAAUUUUGGACGAGAGAAAUUCAUUAAAUUACUGGACAAUUUAUAUAUCGCCAUAAGAAUCGAUUUAUCAAAAUAUCGUACUGUAUUCCCUGCAUCACAACCAGAAAGAUUGAUUGAUUUGAAAUCUACCGUAGAUCUUCUUACAAGUAUCACAUUUUUCCGUCUCAAAGUUCAAGAGCUUAGUUCACCUCCAAGAACAGGUCAAAUAUUACGUGAAUGUAUUGAAGCUUGUAUUCAUGCAACCUAUCAGUGCCUUUGUGAAAAUGUACAUGACUUAUAUGGGAAAAGUUUACAGGCAACCAAUACAGAAUCUGGGAAUACUGAAUUUGUAUCUGAUAAUAUGAAUAGUGGAGCUGGACAAUCGUUAAUUGGGGAAUUAGAUCAAAUGGAUGGUAUGCGAUCGCCGACCUACUGGCAUCGUCUUAUCACAUUGGUUGUUUCAGUUCUUGAAGAUGAUCGAAAACAUUAUGCACCAGUAUUAAAUCAAUUUCCACAUGAAAUCAAUCUAGGCGAUAUGUCAGCUGAGAUGAUAUGGAAAUGUUUAUCGGAUGAUUUAGCUAAUGGAUUAGCUCAGCAUACAAUUACAGCUAAAUAUUAUUUCAAUAAUACUGAAGAGAAUAUAUUGGAUAGUUUAUCAAAAGUGAAUAAAUUGCGUGAUUCAUCUAAGUCAACUGGACAAGAUAAAGUUGUCUUAAAAAGUGGAAUGAAUAAAAUCAAAUCUUCAGAUUAUAUGAAUCUUUGUUUUCGAGUGAAAUGGUUUUAUAAUACUUAUAUAGCAACACUGGCAAGAUUCAAAAAUUCAGUUCCUGAUUAUCCUCGUUGGUUUGAAGGUCUUGUAUUGAUUUGGCUAGCUGAGAAUGAUGAAGUAUCUGCAAAUUAUUUAAGAAAUGCUUAUGAUCGUGACAAACAAGACGGUUUUCAAUGUUCUAGUGAACAUGUACUCUAUUCAAAUUCUGUUGUUGAUGUAUUCACUCAACUGAAUCAAUGUUUCGAUGUUAUACGUAAACUUGAAUGUCCAGAUAAACAAGUUGAAGGACAAUUUUUUCAUAGAUUCUCACUGACUGUUGAAAAAGUUCUCCUUGCUUAUGCUGAUCGUGUGUUAGCUGAUUUCUCAACAUACAAAACGGAUCAACGUGUAGCUUGUAUAUUAGUAAAUAAUACACAACAACUUCGUGUUCAACUAGAAAAAGUUUAUGAGAAUAUGGCACGUGAAAGUCUUGAAUCCAACACUCGAGAUCGUUUAAGUGCUCUUCAAGGUCGAUUAAAUGAAGUAGUUGAUAAAUUAGCUAUCCAACUGACUGAUCAGUUCGAACCCGGGGUUCGUUUACAUGCACGUGAAUGUGGCAAACUUUUACAGAAGUGUAGACCAUCGAAUGGUUCAGAUAAUACAACUGGUCGUGGUGUCAGUAAAGAAGAUGAAGCAAACGAAUGCUUACAACCGCUAAUGGAUCAUUUUGAAAGUAUUCUAUCUAUACUAGCAAAUGUCUGUGAUAAAACUGUAUUAAAAAGAAUAUUAAAGCAAUUAUGGCGAAUAACAAUGUGUAAUUUAGAAAAACUUGUUGUACUACCCGCAGUUACUGAUCAAAAACAGCUGGCUACGGGAUUACUUUUAAGCUCAAAUACAUCAGCGAAGUUAAUUGGUGGGGCACAAAGCCUAUUAAGUCAUGUUGGUAGUCAAGUUGUACAGGGGAAAAUUUUAUCUGAAACAACACGUGAACCAGAAAAAGGCCUUACACCAUAUCAAUGUGAAUUACUUGGUAUUUGCUUGAAUACAAUUCGUGUAUAUUUUCAUGCUGGUGGACGUGGUGUGAAACGUUCGUUUCUUGAUAGAAGUCCAGAACUACAUAGUUUACGACAAGUAUUAGCUCUAUAUUCUCAGGCUACAGAUGAAUUACUUCGAGAUUUUAUAGCUACACAAACUUCACAAGAUUAUCUGGCCAAUGAGGAACCAGUUGGCUACUUAACACUUCAAGUAGAAAUUUUCAAGCACCCUGGUACCGGUGAAUAUAAAGUAAAUGUGAAAAUUCAUACAGCUUCAGAUUUGAAUUGGUCUCUUGCCACUGGAAUGUUUAGACCAUUUGUAGAAGUUUAUAUUUUUGGACCAUUAUUAUCUGAUCGUAAACGUAAAGCUGCUACAAAAUCGAAAUCAGUUACUACAAUGCCCAUUUAUCACGAAACCUUUGUAUUUUUCUUAUCCAAUCAAAGUGAUCCUGAAUGGUAUGAAUUACAUUUAUCUGUAAAAGAUUAUUGUUUUGGACGAACUGAUCGUCUUGUUGGUGUCACAGUAUUAUCUUUAUCUAGAGCAUUAAAUCUUGGUGCAACUCCAAUUCGACUUCCUUUAGGACGACGUUUACAUUUUACAGAAACUGGAUGGACUGUAUUACGUGUACUUUCACAACGUGUUAAUACAGAUGAUGUAGCCAGAGAGUUUGUUCGUGCUAAAUCUGAAUAUCGUGCUACCACAGAGAAUGAUAAUACUGUAUCGUUGUCUUUUGAUGCAAAAAUGAAAGUAGAUCAUGUAAAAUUUUUGAAAAACUACAUGUUUUACAGAAAGUCAUCUUCAACCACUAUAAAAACAGUUGCACUUAUACCUGGUGAUGGUAUAGGUCCAGAAAUAUCGGCAGCUGUUCAGGAAAUUUUCAAAUUUGCUGAUGUUCCUAUUAAAUGGGAUUCAGUGGAUGUAACACCUCGACCUACAGAAGACGGUCGCUUUCGUAUGCCACAGUCUUCACUAGAUAUUAUACGCAAGCAUGGAAUUGGGUUAAAAGGUCCAUUAGCUACUCCAAUUGGGAAGGGUCAUCAAUCUUUAAAUUUAGCAUUACGAAAAGAGUUCAAUCUUUAUGCCAAUGUUCGACCAUGUAAAUCUAUUGAAGGCUAUGAAACUCCUUAUAAAAAUGUUGAUUUGGUUACAGUUAGAGAGAAUACUGAAGGUGAAUAUUCUGGUAUAGAACAUGUGAUUGUGGAUGGUGUUGUACAAAGUAUUAAAUUGAUCACUGAAGAAGCAAGUCGACGUGUUGCUAGAUAUGCAUUUCAAUAUGCAAAAGAUAAUGGUCGACGUAGUGUAACAGCUGUGCAUAAAGCUAAUAUUAUGAGAAUGUCAGAUGGUCUAUUCCUUCGAGUAUGCCGUGAAGAAGCUGCACACCAUAGGGAGAUUGAAUUUUGUGAUAUGUUUUUGGAUACUGUCUGCUUAAAUGUAAGUUAAAUAAAAGAAAGAUUAUUUAUGAAAGUUAUUAGAUAUUCACAACUUCUUUUUCAUAAUAUUUUUCUCUUUUGAUGAUUGGAUAUCUUGGAUAAAAUACAUGGUGGUCGCAUACAUUUUCUUCUCCAAACCAUACUUUGAAAGUUUAUUCUUUUUCCCACUGUUGUUAAUACUGCUACACUUUUGCUGUUCAUUUGACUGUAGGUAGGAAUUCCUACCGACUACCUACAAUUGUCUAAUUAUCUUAACA